AUGGUAUCUUUAUGUACUCCACGACUUGACAUUCCCGGCGCCUUUGAUCACACGAACGGAGCAGAACUACGCGGACUAGUAGCAGAUUUGAUUCAGAAAGAUGCCGAUUCUCAUCAUGUUUACUUCAACGACUAUGGCUUCCACAAUCAUCUCGUUCAUCAGUUGCUGGCCGACUAUAGUCUCGGUGCAGAUGAAGAGCGACUCAAGGAUAUCUAUAAAACCGGUAGCGAAAAACAACGGCCGAAAGUGCCAGAGAAAAGUGACUUCGUCUGGAACAGUGAGCACUGCCUCGGUCAUGAAGAGUAUUACACAUCGUACUUCAAGUUUUUUCUGGAACAAAUCAAGAGCAAGGGUGCAAAAGCUUGCAUUGAAGAAUAUAUCUUCCAAGAGGAUGCUACUAAUAUGUAUGCACGUUUUUUGAGCGGCGCUUACCAUCCGUUAAUUCAUACGGGCUAUGGCGUAGAAUUUGGAAUACCGAUGCUUGUUGCCGAGGGUCUUGCACAAACCGCUGUUCAUGCCAGUCUUGCUGCUCCUCUUUUUUCCGUUACACCACCGACAAACAGUGAAACGCCAUCUGAUUCUCCUACGACUGCGAUUACCAUUGCACUAUCAACUCUUGACGACCACCGGUUCGACGGUAUUGUCAAAUGGGAAGACAGUCCAAAGAUCAACGCUCUUAUUGACCGCAAACCGAAUCUGGUGCGAGAGCAUGUAGACAAAUGGAUCGUGUCGGAAACGCUCGAUGGACCCACCGGAUUGAGAGCUCGUGCGACGGAGCUCCAAUCACUCGCUGCAGCAGUUUAUGCUGGGCCUCAACGACCAGGAAAACAGAUCACUCUCGAUUUCUUCCUCAUGCAUGCCUUGACAAGCUCACUUUUCCUACACAGCUACAUCGAGCUGCUCACUCCGCGUUAUGGGGCAGCAUUGCUACGUGGCAAGUUUGCAGUAGAUCUCGCCUAUUAUGUUUCACGAAAUCGACCGUUAUUGAACCUCGAACAGUUUAAAUCAUAUCCAGUUAAGUCGUGGAAUGAAAUUAUCUCGAAAGCCAUCGCCCACAAUGAUGAACAUGUGCCAAAGGCCAUUCGAGGACUAAAACAUGCGGCGGCAUAUGACGCUACAAUCCCUGCUGAAACAUAUCAAGCUAUGGCUGCAAUGACAAUUGAUGCAGACGGCAACUGGAAUCGGGAUGGUAUUGGAUUCGAUGAGGCAUGGCAAGACAUUCCGAACAGCACAGAAGCGCUGCAGACGUAA